AGAAGAUGAGGAAAGAGAACGUCUACAUCAGAGGAGACAUCACUCGAUGUAAGAGGAUGCAGGUUGUUGUAGUUGUUCUUCUCCUCCCAUCAGUGGUUUCACGUCUGAUUACGCAUGAUUACUGUGUACUUGGUGCUGGCCCUGGAGGACUACAAAUUGCAAAGUUUCUGGAAGAGGCUGGAAGGGACUAUGUUGUAUUUGAACGCAGCCAGGGACCUGGUAACUUUUUUCAUCAUUUCCCAAGACACCGUAAGCUAAUCAGCAUAAACAAGCGCUUUACAGGACGCAUGAACAAAGAGUUUAAUUUUCGUCAUGACUGGAACUCACUUCUGAGUCAGGAUGAACUGCGGUUCUUUCAUUACUCUCAGGACUUUUUUCCACAUGCAGAUGACAUGGUGAAAUAUCUGCAGAAUUUUAGUUCUGCUCUCAGUGUCCAUUAUAGCAAAGAAAUCAGACAUGUUAGACUGAAAUCCAACCAGGAUGCAUGGCAUGGUCAUUACUUUGUCCUAGAGGAUGAAACAGAACAGGAACACAUGUGCAAUGUUCUUCUGGUGGCCACUGGAUUGUCCUUGGCUAAUAAAUUGAAAUUUCCUGGAGAAGAGUAUGUAGAAGGCUAUGAGACCAUUUCAAUAGACCCAUCCAAUUUCACAGGACAAAGUGUACUCAUUUUGGGACGUGGAAAUUCUGCAUUUGAAACUGCUCAAAACAUCCUAAGCUCCACUAAUUUUGUACAUAUGAUUGGGCGUUCCAGAGUCCGACUGUCCUGGUCGACACACUAUGUUGGGGAUUUGAGAGCUGUUAACAAUGAUCUUUUGGACACAUACCAGCUAAAGUCAUUGGAUGGUCUCCUGGAGGGAGAUCUUUCUGAUUUGGCCUUAAUCCGAAAUGAUUCUGGAAAGUUGUAUGUUACCCACAAGCAUUAUCUUAAGAGGAAUCCUUCAAGUAAUCACUCAAUGAAACCUGUUUCAGUGUUUCCACAAGAUGAUCUAGAUAACUUUGCAGCUCGUGAACCAUAUGACCGUGUGAUUCGUUGCCUGGGUUGGAAAUUUGACUUCUCCAUUUUUGACAAAUCUGUUAAACUAACGCCAUCAUCUGGGCUAAAAAAGAAAUACCCACUGCUAAAGCCGAAUUAUGAAGCAAAGCAUGUCAAUGGUCUGUUUGUAGUGGGAACAGCCAGUCAUGGUGUUGACUUUCGCAAGUCUGCUGGUGGAUUUAUUCAUGGAUUCCGAUAUACAGCCAGAUCUAUACAUCGCAUAAUGGAGAACAGAUACCAUAACAUUCCCUGGCCAUCAAGUCAUUAUUCAGUCUCCCAGCUUUUAAAUGUAUUGCUGAGGCGUAUAAAUGAAGCAUCAGGCCUUUACCAAAUGUUUGAUGUCCUGGUUGAUGUGAUUCUUCUUGGAAAGGAUUCUACUACUUUUGAGCACCUAGAAGAGAUACCAGUUGGAACUAUCCCCACUGUAGACAAAAGCACUGGAAGGAAGGUGUAUGACACAGGAGUGUUAAUUUUAAUAAUGGAAUAUGGAAAGAAUUUUUCUGGACCAGACAAAGAUGUGUUUCACUAUAAUCGUGCUAUUGGUGAUGAAAAAGCUGCAUGGCGUUCCAAUUUCCUGCAUCCUGUAAUUUACUAUUACAGACAACUUCCAUCAGAGCAACAAAUCGAGUUGCGCCCUCAGGGUUGGCCUCUGCCGCGACCUGACCACAUUCAUCAUGUCGUAGAAGAUUUUCUCACCGAUUGGACUGGCCCUAACUCUCAUAUACUCCCAUUACGUCGCUUCCUUGAAAACUGUUUACAAAAAGACCUUAGAACUUUCUAUCCAGAUUCCUGUUUUGUAUUUUUAUUGACACAUCAGAAGUUGCCAUUUUUUUUGCCAGCAAGUUUAUCUGCAAAACCAAGGACAAAAGGGAAAAGAAGAAUUGAGGAAUUAUACUCAUCUAGGAUUUAGGAUGAA